ACCUCUCCCCACUCUUCUCUUUACACACAACAACAACACAGCUUGUAUUUGCCACAGCCUCUCCCCACUCUCCCUGAUGGUACCUCCUUCUAGGAGAGAGACAGACAGGCAGGGCUGAGAUGAGAGAAAAGUGACUGGAGAAGUACUGAAACUCAGACUGGAGUGGAUACUCUGACACACUCACAUCAGGUUACAGUGGAGAACUCAGAACACCAGAAUUGUUAAAGGCAGUCACCUGCUUUACACCACAAGAACAGAGUCACAACGCCUGUAGGAGUUGGCAAGAGAGCAGAAACACUCAGACUGGCACUCAGACUACCAACAACCAGAUAAUGUGCCAACAAACAACGCUCACAGCUGAAGCUUGCAAAUGAUGGACAAACAAAACGGAAAUGGGCCCAAAGCCCCAGAGAACAGGGUGAAGGGGAAGCCUCCUCCGUACUCGGUGGAGACGCCCUAUGGCUUCCACCUGGACCUGGACUUCCUCAAGUACGUUGACGACAUCGAGAAGGGCCACACCAUAAAGAGGGUCCCCAUCCAGCGCCGGAGCAGGGGGCAGAGGCCCAGCACACUCCCCAGGCACCUCAACCUGUCUGGGCAUGGCUAUCGGCCUACCCCCUGGGGCUCCACUGGAGCUCUGGCCCCCAGGUCUCGCCUCGCCGACCCCCACCUGGGCUAUGGCUCCUGGGCUUAUGAUGGCAGGUCGUCAGCCUCCUCUGGAAGGUAUAAGUCUGUGGCUGAGAUGGAGGCCAGUAUCCGAGCCUUUGAUGAGCAGCCCUUGGGGGAGCACAUCAGGCCAAAUCUCCUGCGUGCCUCCAGCCUGCCUCUCACCGUCCUGCUGAGGAAAGGUUCCGAGUCAACUGAAGACCCGGCCAGUCUCCGAAGCUCCAGAGACCGUCUCGGAGGAAGGGACAUGUCCACGGAAGACAGCUUCUACUCCCCGGACUGCUCGUCUGACUUUUGGUCGAACCAGGACUUUUCUGGAACCCUCCACCGCCUCACCGAAGCCCUGGAGCGCGUGGGCGAGCUGGAGGAGGAGGUCCGGGUCAUCCCGGAGCUCAAGGCACAGAUCUGCAUCCUGCAGGAGGAGAGGGAGAGGUUCCGUCUUGGACUGAAUUCCCGACCAGGAUCCCAAACCUUGGUCAACGGGGCCAAAAAACCCUCUUAUGCGACCUCUGACCUCAAAAGACCCAGGAAAGAGAGUAAUCUCUUCACCCACAACGACGAUGUCACCGAUGACGACUCUAACCAGACACACGAAUGGAGGAUGAGCACAGACCUAGACGAGCUUCUUACGGUGACAUCCCUGCAAGCCAAAGUGGCCAUGCUGGAGCAGAGGCUUCAUGAGAGCAGCACGGACCUCCAGAACGCCACCUUGCUGCUGAGAGAACAGCAGGAGGAGGGCCAGAGGAAGGAAUUGAGGAUGAAGCAGCUCACCAGGAACACUGGGGGCUGGGUGAGAGCAGAGAGAGUCCAGGUGGACCAAUAUGACGAAGAGACCGAGAAUUCUUCUAGGUGGUCUUUAGCAGGUGCGCAUGGUGCGUCCAUUCGAGAAAAUUUGAAUGAAGGAGAAUCUUUGUCGACCAAUGCAGUGACCAUCGGAACAAAUAGACAAAUCUCUGGCACUCAGAUCGAGGGCCUUGGAGAUCAUCACAUUUGGGUUUCAGCUAGCUCUUCCACGAUGGAGGUCCAAGCUGGUCAACACAUUUCAGAAACGGUGGUCCAUCGCUUUGUAGGAGAACCAGGCCUGGCAGUAUCCAUGGAGCACAUGCCCCAGAAAGAAGCCUCCCCAGGUGGCAUGGAGCAACCUGUGGCGGCCCUCCACGUGAAGAGGAUCCAGGUUCUCCUGGAACAGCAGUGGGAGUGUCUGUGUGGGGGGACAGCAACAGAGGGGGGCAAGGCCCUGGAGCACCCAGACCCCAAGGUCAAUUCGCUACAGGAGGAGAUGAUGAGUCUGGUUCAUACUCUUUCCUCCUACUACAACCAUGGAUCCAGUGACGGAGAGGCUUCUCAAGGAGCCCCAAAAUCCAUCAUGAAGAGAAAUGGCAGUGGUCAGACGUCAAAGAACCUCCACUUUGCUGGUGUGAACAGCGGCUUUGAAACAACACCAAAUGAGGAUUUGGACAGUAAGAGCCAUGCGAAUGUGGACAUCUCCGACCUAGAGCAACAGCCAGAAGGACUUGGGGAGAUGGUAGAGAAACCUGCAGAACAUGGGGGUUCCAACCAUGGAGACCAGAAAGAGGGAGACCCAAGUCAAGAGACGAUGGAAGGAACCAAUCCAAUGGACCAGACUACUCAAGAUGUAAAACCAGACUCACAUACAGAUAGUGGUGAAAAUCUGAAAGCUGGAGAACCAGAAGAACAGGCCAAGACAGACACCAACAUAGAGGAACCUAUGGAGGAAGAACCAGACCCAAACACAGAUCCCAAACAUGAACUGCAAGACAGGGACACUGUAGAUGAAGAGUUCAUAGCAGCGUGUCAUUUCCUCAAAGAUCACAUGGACAACAUGGAUAACCCCAAUGAUGAAAUGAGGCGGGCUUUGGUGGUGCUGUUCCGAGAUUGGUUCCGGGUGGCGGCUGAGGAGGACUCCCUGGCCAAUACAGUGUUAGUGUACCUCAGAGAGGUGAGGAAGGCUACGCCCUCGCUCCUCCCCUUCCUGGUUAACAUGGCAGAUGACAACGGCAACACAGCACUCCACUACAGCGUGUCCCACGCCAACUACCCCAUCGUCAGCCUGCUACUGGACACAGGUGUGUGUGAGGUGGACCUCCAGAACAAGGCAGGAUACACAACGGUGAUGCUGGCCUCCCUAACGGCCCCGGAUGGCUCUGGGGACAUGGAGGUGGUCCGCAGGCUCAUGGAGCUGGGGGACGUCAACGCUCGAGCCAGCCAGGGGGGUCAGACAGCUCUGAUGCUAGCAGUGAGACAUGGCCGGGGCCUGAUGGCGCGGCUGCUGCUACGCUGCGGGGCCGACCCCAAUGUCCAGGACCGCCAGGGGGCCACGGCCCUCAUGUGUGCCUGCGAGAGGGGCCACACACACGUCGCCCGGCUUCUGCUGGAGAGGGCUGAGUGUGACACCAGCCUCACAGACCAGCGUGGUCGCACGGCCCUCUCCGUGGCCCAGAAGGGGUCCUACGGUGACAUCACAGCCCUCCUCCAGGCCCACCACACACACGCUGGGACAUCUCUCUGAGACCUUGACCCCCCUGUUCCCCUGGAUAGGUCAAAGACACAGACGCCACAGUGCAAGGAAUGUCCAAUUCCAAAUGGCAACUUAUUCCCUAAUGUAUAUAGUGCACUUUUGACUAUAACCUAGCUAGCUAAGUAUAUCUAAAAUCUGGUAGAAAUCUGUGUUGGUAGCCUACUGGCUGUCACUUGACUUCUCCGACACUCACCACUUGCUGAGCUCAGCUGGUCAUGUUAGCAUUUCUCACUGACUUCAAGUACUAGGCUCUGGUCAAAAGUUGUGCACUAUACAGUAAAACAUUUUAUAUUAAGACUUGUGUGCCAGUGGAAGUGUUACUAUGACAGACGUGCACGGCUCCAAUCUUGGAGGGCGAUAUUGUCUGCUGGUUUUUGUCCUUGCCUUUUAAAAUUGAUCCAAGUGCCUGAGCAAAUAGCAAAGUGGAGUUGUCAGCCGAUCAAUGACAUGAAUUGACCCAAUAAGUUCCACAAUGGGAGAUUUAAAAAAAACAGACAAACUGCGGCCCUGGAGGACUGGAGCCGUCUAUCCCAGGGUUAUUUUCGAAAAUGCAUUAUUACAGUAUAUGCUGGACAACCGAUGGGUUGAUUGCUCUGCUGGUACUGUAUACGAUUCAAUGCCGUUAUGCUAUCCCCUGUAUGGCAUUAGGGGAGUGACAAUGCCUUCACAUCUCUUCACAUGGCCUUUAUUGUGUGAUUGUAAGGUGGGACUUUUAUUUUAAUAUCUAUUAUUCUGACCUAGCCUUACACUAGCAACUGGGAAGAGAGCAAUUGUGUUAUCAGACUGAAAGAAAUAUCAAAGAAAUCGAAUCUAGUUGGUAUUCAGGUCUGCACCACUACCCUCUGGGCAUUUCAUUCAGCUAGAGAUAAUUAUUACAGUAAAUAUGCAGUACAUUUACAUUGACGCUUGUCUGGAUUGAACUAUUUCCCACUAUCAGCAAUAUGUUGCAUGCCAAUCUCUAUACUGUAUGAAGUAAAAUAUCAGUGCGCUAUACUGGUAAAGUUUGUUUCAUUAUUAUCACUAUCCAUUAUAGACAAACCAGACAGUGGAUAUCUCUACUCAUUUUUAUGCAUUACUCUUAAAGCUAAGCAAGAUUGCUGACAUGUGACAGUUUUAAUAAAACGUCUGGUGUUUGCCAA